CACAUUUCUCCUCCAUGACAAGUUCUUGAUGUUUGUACAACGACGACGUAGAAUAAACACCAGUGCUUUUCGAGGAGAGAGGAAAUCAGAGAAUGCAUUCGGCAAAUCACUGGGGAGGAUCGUUGGAGAUAAAUGGAGAAGACUCAACAGCAGAAGACGAGAGGAGCAGGCACAUGGAGUGGGAUAGAGGAUCAGUGUCACAUCAAUUCAAUCACUUGGACGAGACACAACAGAGCUGGCUGUUGGGUCCGCCGGAGAGCAAGAAGAACAAGUACGUUGACUUGGGUUGUAUAGUUUGUAGCCGAAAAGCACUGAAAUGGAGCUUAUGGUCUGUCGUGAUUGCGUUUAUGGUGAUCGGACUCCCUACUAUAAUCGCCAAGUCGUUGCCCAAGCAUAAGCACCCCCCUUCGCCUCCUGACAAUUACACUAUGGCUCUCCAUAAGGCACUCCUCUUCUUCAACGCCCAGAAAUCUGGGAGACUGCCCAAGAACAAUGGCAUUUCUUGGAGAGGAAAUUCAGGUUUACAAGAUGGGUCAACUCUGCCGGACGUCAAGGGAGGUCUGGUCGGAGGGUAUUACGACGCUGGGGACAAUACCAAGUUUCAUUUCCCCAUGUCGUUUGCCAUGACGAUGCUGAGCUGGAGUCUGAUUGAAUACGAGCAUAAAUAUCGAGCCAUUGGAGAAUAUGAUCAUGUCCGAGACCUCAUCAGAUGGGGCACUGAUUACUUGCUCUUAAACUUCAACUCCACUGCCACCAAAAUUAAUCAAAUUCAUUGCCAGGUUGGUGGAUCACUAAAUGGUUCCAAGACACCAGAUGAUCUCUACUGUUGGAUGAGACCAGAAGACAUGGACUAUCCCCGGCCCGUGCAAACUUGCACUUCAGGGCCCGACCUCAGUGGCGAAAUGGCGGCCGCAUUGGCUGCAGCCUCCAUAGUUUUCCGAGACAACGCCACCUACUCCACCAAGCUCGUCAAGGGUGCUGCAACAGUCUUCGCAUUUGCUCGUGACUUUGGGAAACGAACUACAUACAGUGGAGGGAACCCUUAUAUCGAGCCCUACUAUAAUUCCACCGGAUACUUCGACGAGUACAUGUGGGGCUCCGCGUGGUUGUACUACGCCACCGGGAACAAGAGCUACAUUUCCCUGGCGACGAACCCGGGCUUGUCCAAGAACUCUAAGGCCUUUUAUAUGAUGCCCGAUUUGAGUGUGCUGAGUUGGGAUAAUAAGUUGCCAGCGGCAAUGUUACUGUUGACUAGGCUGAGAAUAUUUUUGAACCCGGGCUACCCUUAUGAGGACAUGCUGAAGAGCUACCAAAAUGUCACUGGCCUUACUAUGUGUUCUUAUCUUCAACAAUUCCAUGUCUUCAACUGGACUAAAGGUGGACUGAUCCAACUGAACCAUGGGCGUGGACAACCUCUACAAUAUGUGGCCAACGCUGCGUUCUUGGCAUCUCUCUUUGCUGAUUAUUUGAAUGCCACUGAUGUUCCAGGUUGGUACUGCGGGUCCACAUUUUUUUCAACAGAUGUCCUACGCAGUUUUGCCACUUCACAGAUCAAUUACAUUCUUGGUGCGAACCCAUUGAACAUGAGCUACGUGGUGGGCUAUGGCACCAAAUUUCCUAGACAUGUGCAUCACCGUGGGGCAUCAAUACCUCACGACGGCAACAAGUACUCCUGCACCGGCGGGUGGAAGUGGCUUAACAGCCGAAACCCGAAUCCUAACACCAUUACAGGAGCCAUGGUUGGAGGGCCUGAUAAAUUUGACAGAUUCCAAGAUCUCCGAACGAAUUUUAGCUAUACCGAGCCCACGAUGGCCGGAAAUGCCGGUUUGGUGGCUGCACUAGUGUCUCUGACAAGCAGUGGGGGUUAUGGCAUUGAUAAGAAUAUUAUAUUUUCAGCAGUUCCGCCGAUGUAUCCAAUGAGUCCACCACCUCCACCACCAUGGAAACCCUGAAUAACAGAUUCAAUAAAGUCCCCAUGGCUUGAGCUGCUUUAGAUCUCCAUACUUCAAAUUUUGACUCUCAGCUUCGUGUUUGUACAAAAGACAUCUGAUAUGUUUUUUGUUUUCUGAACUGAGAUAUCUGAUAUGUUCGGCUACUCAUUUUUCUUACUGUUAAUUAUACAAGGGCAUGCUCAAGUCAACAAUCUUGUAAUAUUUUCAAUUUUGCUACAUUUCAG